GCACUGCCCUCUCUCUGCACACACUGCUUGCAAAACUGACUUCCCCAGGGACAGACAGGGAACUCUAGUCUAAAGCACAGUACUGAAUCGUGCAAUAGAGGAGAUAUUCCUUCACAGGGUUCUGGAUUAUAAAAUAUAUUUACUUUCUGGGGGGACAAAAACAACUACUGAAUUAACUGUUUCUCUUCAUGGAGAGUGAAAGUUUUUGCCCUACUUCAUUUGGUGUGAAGGAUCCAUUUGGUAAACAAGCAGCAGAGGACUAUAGUGAUUUAUGGACUGACAUCUUUUGGAAAGUGUUCCCAAUCCCUCACUACAAGAAGAUGAAAAGAAGCUUUAUUUUCCCAUAUGUCCUUCUGCUUCUCCUGAUGGACGGUUGCAGGUUAGAGCAAGUAAAAAAUUCAGAGACGUACUGUGUUUUCCAAGACAGAAAGUACCGUGUUGGAGAGAGGUGGCACCCAUACCUGGAGCCUUAUGGACUUGUAUAUUGUGUUAACUGCCUGUGUCGGGAGGGUGGAAAUGUGUUGUGUAGUAGAGUGAAAUGUCCAAGUCUUCACUGUGCCAAUCCUGUAUAUGUUCCCCAGCUGUGCUGCCCACGCUGCCCAGGAGAAGGAUUGUUAUCCUGGGAUCACCAUGAAGCAGAUACCUUCCGACAGCCGGCCAACAGAGAGGCGAGACACUCCUAUCACCGUGCUUACGACCAUUCACCUGGUACCAGCCGAAGCUCCUCCAAGCUUCCCAGCACAAGAAGUAACCGUGGAGCUCUGUCAGAUCCACAGCAAGCCUCAGGAACAAUUGUGCAGAUAGUCAUCAACAAUAGUCACAAGCAUGGAAAAGUGUGUGUUUCUAAUGGGAAGACGUACUCACAUGGAGAAUCCUGGCACCCCAGCUUGAGAGCUUUUGGCGUGGUUGAGUGUGUGCUGUGUACAUGCAACUUUACUAAACAAGAGUGCAAGAAAAUUAGCUGCCCAGAGAAAUACAGCUGUAAAUACCCCCAGAAGGUAGAUGGGAAGUGCUGCAAGGUUUGCCCAGAAGAGAUACCUGACCCUCAUUCUGGUGAUCGAGAAUACUUAUGUGGUGAAGAAACAAUUCCAGUAUAUGAAUCUGUGUUACUUGGAGAAGGAGAAACCAUCAGGAAAAUAGCUGUGGUGACAGAGGACCCUCCGUUAGCUGAAAUUCAUGAGUGGUUAAUUCAAAAAGGUGUACUACGUCAGUUUUCCAUAGAAAAGAUGCCCAAAGAAGAGUUUGAAGAGCAGCAAGAAUUUAAACAGAUAACCAGGACUACACCAAGCCAAUGGAAAAUCUUCACUGAGGGAGAAUCACAAAUAGACCACAUGUGCCAAACUCAAGUUUGCCGGACAGAACUUGAAGACUUGGUGAAGGUGUUGUACCUGGACAAGCCUGAAAAGGGGCAUUGUUGAGAACAAGGACUCUAAAGGGAAGGAAAAACCAGAAGCCGCCUAAAGACAUUGAAUUUGUAGCGGGACUUCAGACUGUUUCAGCUUAAAUCAACAUUGUCGCCAAAUCCGGAAUACACUGGCUAUUAAGCUUAAUGUGUUGCAGAGAGUAAUUGGCAGAUCCAAAUGUGUAGGAGUCUGUGCACAGUUAAAUAUUUCCUCUCAAGCCUUAGAGGGUUGGCAUCAAUUCUGCAACAAAAUACAGGUUUCUACUUUAUGAGAAAAAUGUUUAUUUGAAAAUGUAAUAUUAAUGGAAUAAGCAUAACUGAAGGCUUAAUAUGAAAAAAAAAAUAUACAGAUUAUGUGUAUGUGUGUGGAUCUGCGUAUAUCUCUGUGUGCUUGCGCAGGGGGCUGAUAGGUUUGCCCUUUGAGUUGACAGAAUGAGAUGGCAAUAAAGUAUUAUACUUAAUUGCCUUAAAACAUAAGAAAAUUGUCCUUUAUUUAAUAGCGAAUGCAAGACAAUCAGACACCUUAGGUAUGUAAGGGAUAUUAUUAAUGUCUACCCAAAUCACAAACAAUGAUAUAUUUUGCUUCCAAAGUUGUGCUUUGUAAAGAGAAAUAAAAAAAAAUAAUCUUUACACAUCUUACUAAUCAUAUUUUAUAAAUUAAACUUUUUUUUUAAGGUUUGCACCUUUGUUUCUGUGCAGCCUACUCUAUUCAAAUGCGUAAGACAGCAAGCUGAUAAAGUCUAGUGGAGACCAUAAAUACACUUGUUACCUAAGAAUACUGCUUAGUAUUACCGCUUCAGAUCAUGUGACCAGAAACAGCCGCAACCUGAUGCCUCAGAACAUUAGGAGGAUGUUAAAUCAGUUGCUAAAUGGAGAGGGAAAAGGUAGGUGAAUAUGCAGCUGACAAUAGCAGUGGGGGGAACAGGAAACAUGGAAUUUGAAAAAGAGGCCAGAGUUAGUUAACAAUUAUGGCCUCCACAAGACUACAUUCAGUACCCUUGUGAUUUAGUUUUUCAGCUGCCUUUGUACCCAGGCUUGGAACCUCCAGAAAGCUAAAGAACAAUAUAAUAAAUGGUUAAAACAGUGUAUAAUGCAUUAGUGUGCUCACACGCAGCAUCCACUUUGUGUUUGGGCUCAGCUAAUAAAAAAUGAGCAUAGUCUCAUAAUUAA